AGGUCUGUGGCACCUCUGAGGCCUUGAGGCACCCGACCUUUACGUAUCUAAAUCCGGGAGGGGACAAAUACGAGGUAAAGUAUGGAGUGAUGUCUCUAAAGAGGGAAGAAUUAUGCAAUGGAUCGGGGCAGCUAAUUAAGUUAACCUACUGUUUUAGAACAGAGUUGUAAUUGUAGUAAGGUUCCAUGGAUUUGGAGUGAGGAUGAGGAGAUAAGGAAGGGAUGCAGAGUGUGUCAUUGUUUAUGGAAGCACCAAGCAGCCUGAUGUUGGAGUUUUGGUAGUUGAUGGAUUUGACAUAGUAUUAGUGAGAGUUUGGGUGGAGGGAAUCUGGCGUUGUUUCAGCCAAAAUCAUUAAUUUCGUUGAGAUUAUGCAAUCCCGAUAAUUGUGUCUCUUCAACGCUCCGCCCAUUAUUCACGUCUCCUCUCUCUCCUUUCCCUCCAUUCCAACUUUUCGUCUUUCCACUCCACUCAAUCGACAUUCUUUGAAGCGGCGGAGUAAGCAAUUCCUCGUCGGUGUUGACGCGACUCCUCUCCGGCGGUGAAAUGAGUUAUGUGAAGCGACUGGGGCAAGCGGCAGCAGAGUCAUCCGAAGCAAAAAGAAAAGCAGUAGACGAUGGUGAGUCGAGUGGGAAGCAGACUAGACUAUCUUGAAAGCCUUCAACAUCUGUUGUUGGCGUCCCUGUACAAGCCAAGAGACCUCAGUUGAGGAUCAAGAGAACUACUCUUUUUUUCCAGCGCAUCCUGAAGUCUUUGAACGAAAUACAGAAAACUUCUGUCUGGCAGCUCGGCUUCGGUGUUCUAAUUGACUAUGAUGUGGCCUCUGUUCUAGGAACCUUAGUGUAUUGGCUAUUAGAGCAUUUUGACCACCUACGGUGCAGUCUUAUGCUGCCUAAUGGUGUUGAGGUAGUUGUUGACACGAAAGAUGUCGAGCUUAUUUUUUGGUUUCCCAAAUGGGGGGAUUACAUUUGAUCGAUGUGACAGAAACCCAAGCAUCAAAUACCUGGAAACCAUUCCACUUGAUGAGGAGGCUGAUAUAAAUGCUAUGCAGACCAAGGUCCUAGAUGUGAAGAUGCUACAAGAAACUGGGGGAGGGCACUUUUUAAGAAAAUAUUCCUACUGUUGAUGGAAACUGCUCUUAUUGAGACCUCCCCUUGUGGCUAUGUCAGACCCCGAAUUAUUGACAUUCUCGAUGAUUUACAGAAGAUAAAGAAGCACAAUUGGUGUAGGUACUUGCUAGACAAUCUGUUACGAACGCGUGAGUUGUGGAAGAAAAACAAGUCCAAAGUUUUCAGCGGGCUAGUAGUUUUCCUAGUGGCCUUCUACGUCGAUCGAGUAGUGCAUCGCAGGAGAUGUGUGCCACUUGCCAUUCAUAGGAUAAAGGACUGGACGUCCGAACGGUUGAAGGAGAGAGAGGAAGAGGAAAUGGAAGAAGAUGAUUUCGGUCUUGGACGAGUGACUUCACAAUUGGAUAAGAAUGAACUGGGUGGUGCGGAAAUGACAACAGGAGUGGUGCAUCCACCGGCUACUGAAGAUGUUAUUGAAGAGAGAUAUGCUUCGGAUGAAUUGGUGUAUAUGAGGGGUGUUUGGGGGGCAACCAAACACAUAGGUGACGGUUUCAAGAUGCUGGCAAAGGAAUUGAACCAAGCUCCUCCAGAAAUCAGGAAUAAGGACAACUUUAGAAUAACGUGUGACACUCUCAGGAGGGCGUUUAGACUGGACGAAAAAGACUUUGACCCUUUGCAGUCAAUGAUGCAGUCGCAGUCUGCCCACUAUACUGCAGUGGAAGACUGGUCAGAGUCCUUGAAAUCUUUGUUGGACGCGGCUGAUGAAAUGGAUAUACCAGAAAACAAAGACGAAUACCCAAGCUUCAGCCUUGGGUUUGAUUCCAGCCAGGAUGAUGAUGCUUAUCACCGUGAUUCAGAACGUCAACAGGAGACAGACAAUACAACCAAUGUUGAAGAGGGUGAUGUGUCGGAGUGCGAGCUAAGGGAGCCAUCAGACCUUUUUUUAGUGAGGAUGAAGUUGUAUCCUAGGACGAGGACAGAGAGAACAUUGCUUAUUUGGGAGGUGACGGUCUGGAUUUUAUUACUGGUACUGACAUUGGAAAAGAGGUGGGAGUCAAAGAGCCUGUGGCUAUUGCGCAAGUAGGAACAGUUGUGAAUGAGGAGAAUGCACUCGACAUGGCUAGUGAUAUUGCGCGUGAUGUUGUGUUCGAGUAGACGUAGCCGUUUGCUCUACCGUGGAAGCAGUCAUUGAACUAGGUGAUGCUGCUUUCGAAACACAAACAGUUAUGGGGGGCAUUGAUGCGGGUAAAUUACAUGUACGUCAAGAUGCAGAGAUGAAUCGUGAAGAGAGCACGUAUGCUGAAAUACAACCUACUCCAGCAUGGAAACUCAGAAUGAGAGGGUUCAGCAUCAACGCGUAUCAGCCCAACAUGGACUAGAAAAGAGAGGGAUUGUUACCAAUUCCUUCUUGCAACACCCUAUAUGUGGACGGAUCAUGUUAUUUACUCCAAUGAUGUGGUGGAAGUUACUAAACUGAAAUUCAGCUCGUUGAAGCCACAUGAGGUUGUUGACGCUGAAGUUUGGGCUUCUUAUCUGAAUGGCAAGGAGGUGUAUAAAUCAACACAGAAGCCCAACAGACUGUUUGUCACAACGGCUGCGACAUCAGAUAAUGUGGUUGAACGGAGAGCUAGUUGGGAAAAAUCGGAAGUUGCAACAACAUUCUGUGAUGAGAUAGAUGGUCAAUUCAACGGCACUGGAACUUUUGACAUCACACAACAUGAUUUGAUUUUUUUCCCUAUAUAUUCAAAGAGGCAUUACUAUUUGGUGUGCUUUUCAUUGAAGACUGGGGUUGCGGAUGUGCUAGACCAUGUGGUGCCCGAGAACGGUAUUCUAGAUCGGGCUAAAUAGGGGAGAGACUUGGAUCUACUAAGGGAUUAUCUAGGUUUUUAUCUCAAGUCAAUGGGAUUCGACGAACUGUCUGAUUUCAUAAUCAAUGAGCGUAGUACGCGCUUGCUGGACUUGCCAUGGAAGACAACCCAGGCCACUAAUGACUCGGGGGUAUUCCUGAUGAGACACAUGGAGACUUACAUGGGUAACCCUGCCAAUUUAAUGACAAUGGGUCUUCAAGGAGUUAGUGUGAGGCUUCUACAGAUUCUGAGGGGGAGAUAUUGCAAGGCCAUGCUCCUUGCAUCGUUCAACGAUUGCAGAGAAAGGUUCUCGUCCUACAUUAGUCAUUACAUCAACGUGACUCUUAACUUCAGAACACAUUAUGCGAGGCAAGUGAAUGGAAUGUUGAACAUGGCGCCCCACAACGAGCAACACAAUCAGCCGGCAAGGAAGAAAAGCAAGUUGAAUUGAGUAGAUUUGGAAUUGACUAGUUGUUUUUUAAAUGUUAAUGGUAGUUGUUUGGAAUUUGGAUAUUGGUAUUUGCUUUUAGAUGCUAGUGGUAGUUUUGGGAUAUUGGUAUUUGCAUUUUUGGCUUGUGGAGAUGUCUUUUUUGUUAAGAGAAGCAUCAACAUUAGAAAUCUCUUUCAAUUAAUGAAACAUGUUAUUGAUAUUCUCUCGGUUUUAAUUUCAUAUUGGUAUUUCAUUAA